AUGACGGUUCACAGUCCCUAUCAGCGGACGGCCCCUUUCCUACAACGUAACUGGGUCAAGGUCCACAAGCCCCUUCACGAAUCCUCCGUCAUGGGCAACAUCAUGUCGUCGCCGACGCACAAGGGGCCUCAACUUGCGUCCGCAGACGGACGCCGCCCAGCCAAGCGUCCCCGUGUCUCAUCGCCCGACUCAUUCGACGCUGGAAAUCUCAUCGCAGCACCCCGCACAACGGACUCUGGCUCGGUCCUGCGCGUCGAGGUUCUCAAGAUCCUGCACAAGGACUCGAAAAAGGUCCGCUCUGCCCAGGGGGCUGUGAUACCCCGUGACGUCCUCACCACCAAGGCCGCCUGCAGGAUCACCAUCCGCGACUUGAGCUCUGCCGUCCCGCGAGUCCUCCACUGCCAAAGCCAGCUUUGCGAUCUCACCACGUACAAGAACCCCGUGGGUCCCCAUCGCGUCGCCCGGGUCGACCUGCCCCGUCCUUUCUACGUCCCUAAGGAAAGCAUUCUUAUCAGCAGGCCCGACGACGGGAGGUACGACCUCUCCGACAAGUACGAACUCCUAGUCGAACUCGAGUCCGCCAACGGUGGCGUCCGCUGGCCUCCUCUAAAUCCGCAGCUUGACUUCGGCAUUCUCACCGACUCGUUCGACUCGAGCCAGUCCUGCAUUUUGUCGAGCCACUUUGAUAGCAUCGUUGGCCGACUCAGGCAGUCUCUGAACUUGUCGCCUGGGCAUCCUUCCGACCGGCUUGCCGUGUCCACUAACUACAUCAUGGACAUCGACCUUCGAUGGGGAAGCGGCCUGAGAUCUCUGAAGCAGGUCGAAAAGGACUCAAAACCAUGUAUCACGGCCAUUGACCCUGACGCAGACCCGUACGGUGACAUCAACUUCGAGCAGCCCGCAGAUGACGUCGUCAAUGGGAUCAAUGGGGUCAAUGGGAUCAAUGGGAUCAAUGGCCAUUCAAACGGAGACGCAUCCCACGACAAUGACGACGACGUCGGCGGCGACCAGACCCCUUCGCGGUCGCUGAGAACCCGCGAAAAGUCCAAGAACUACAACUUGAAACUUCUUAGCGACCAGGCCCAAGGCAGGGAACGCAGAAGGCGGGCGCGCAGUGCUAGCCACACGGCCCAUGAAGGACGUGUUCAGUAUCUGCUGCCAUCAGAUCAGCCGGUCUGCCUGGACUUCUACCGAUGCGUUAAAUGUGGCGCUUAUCACGAGUCGACGUCGCAGCUGCAGCUCCACUUGAAAUUGGUCCAUCCUGCAUACGAGUUCGUCCUCGAAACAACGAGUCAGGGGCCGCAGUUUCGUGUGUCUGCUCUGCGAGCGAUGCCAGCGACACCAAGCAGGGCGGCUGCCCGCCAGCCCAGGGUAUUCAACAUCCCGUCCUUCUCCAUGGGCGACCUGCCCUCGGUCUCGGCGCAGGCCGCUCAAAAUGAAGAGUUGUUUAGGUCCCCCUCAGUCAAAGCACAAGCGAACAGGCUUGCAUCUGAUUCGCCGGCUCCGAAACUUUCAAAGCUUCCCGGACGCCGGGUUGCCAAGUCAAAGAACAAGAAAGUCCUGGUCCCCAACAUUCCACAGCCCCUAUUUCACCCCAUUAGCAAGGCAAAGCUGCAGCCCGGACAGGAGGUGCCCGAGACGGUGCCGGAUGAUACAUGGCUCAUACAAAAGCACCAGGAGAGCAUAGGUGAGUUCACCGACGUGGAUGCGACGGAGAAGGAGUAUAUCUGGGAGUGGGACGGGUUCAUUUUGCGCAAGAGCAUCACCUCAGCCGCGUAUUUUCCACGUGCUUUUCUCGAUUUCGUCGAAGAGAAGGCAGCGUGGCUCGUGGCCGAGAACCACCGUAUGAUCGAGUUCGGGAAGCAUUGCAGUGUGCUGCUUGCCCGCGACUUGCUGGGCGACGACACCAUGAAACUGGCAUUUGAACACAUCAAUGCUGCCAGAUCGGAGAGUGCGACAGGUUUAAAUGGGCCGUCGAAUUCGUCAGACAGCUCGCACGGAGGAGAUGGCGCCUCGCGACAGUCUCCGCGGUCGACGCAAAUUCGCAAAAGUAGCAGCGGCUGCAACGUCUGCCAAUUGCCGGUGCUGGGACCGACGCUGUUACUAUGUUCUAACAAGUCCUGUGCGCGGCGAUUAUAUCACUCGACCUGCAUCAAGGAAACCGCGAAAGUCCCCGUCACGCAACGUGACUGGCGCUGCAACUCAUGUUGCGAGGCGCAAAUUCCGAGCUAG